AAGGAAAAAAAAUCUGAAUAAUAAAUCUGACGCAAUGAUAUUCUCCGGGACGGCGUUGUAAUUAAUUAGCCUUCAGCAGCAUAGUGCCCCUGGAAACUCUUUUUCAUAUGGUCUUGACUGUGAUAAACGUGGGGGAUCUGAACCCAAACAAGUGCCUUUUUUUUUUUCUCUCAAUGCACCAAGGGAGAGAGGAGGGUGAAACAUCCCCUCUCACGUUUCACGUGCAUGGGAGAAUUUUUUUUUUUUUUCAUGGUGGGUCAAAAAGCACGAGACUUGGAAAUUGGCUACUUCAGUCUCCGGUAGCCCUGGCUCUUUCUCCUGUUGUCCUGGUCCAAUCUGGUUGAAGCCCUGUCUGCACCACGAGGGUCAAGUUCACACACAGGAAGAGAUAAUAGGAAAGGAAACUUUAUUGUUUUCGCCUUUUUUUUUUUUUUUUGUUGUUUGUUGUUGCUUGGUUAGAGUAACUUCCAGGUCAAAUUUUUUUUACUCCUUAAAGGAGCACCUCACUGCUUUACCAUGAGAAGAUUCGUAGGGUGGAUGUGAUUUUUUUUUUUUUACAUUUUUACUUUUUUUUGUAAUUUUUACAUAACAAAUUGAUGAACUUGUUGUCGGAAAGGUUUUGUUGUUAUACGUUUGUGGUGAUCAUGGGAUUUAAGGUGACCAAAGGACAACGAUCAUGAGUAGUAAGUUUGACAAACUUUUUAUUUACUGAUGCUGGGGGAGGGGGCUUGCUAUGUUGUUUUUUAUAUAUAUUAUUGCAUUUUUUUCUCCCAAUUAAUCAAUUAUAUUAAAGUUAAAGUUAAUAUUAAAGUUCAAAAUUCUUGCGACUUUGUUAGGUGUUUUUUAUUUUAAUGAUUGGCUAGGCUAUGAUGUUUGUGAUCGAAGGUGCUUGUAACUUUAGUAUUUUUUAAAUGAUUGGCCUGGUAAUGAAGUUUAGGAUCAUAGGUGCUUGUGACUUUGUUUUUUGUUUUACUUGUUGUGCUUUUGUAUUUUUUAAAUGAUUGGCCAGGCAAUGACGUUUAGGAUCAUAAGUGCUUGUGACUUUGUUUUUUGUUUUGUUUUUUAUUCAUUUUUUGUGUUUUUUUAUUUUUUAAAUGAUUGGCCAGGCUAUGAAGUUUGGGAUCAUAGGUGCUUGUGUGUUUGUUUUGUUUUUUUGUGCUUUUAUAUUUUUUAAAUGAUUGGCCAGGCAAUGAAGUAAAGGAUCAUAAGUGCUUGUGACUUAGUUUAUUUAUUUAUUUUGUGCUUUUUUAUUUUUUACAUGAUUAGUCAAGUUAUGAAGUUUGGGAUCAUAAGUACUUGUGACUUUUUUUUUUAGGUGUUUUUAUUUUUUAUUAUUAUUUUAUAUGUAUGACCAGGCUAUGACUGUUGGGAUCACAAGUGCUUGUGACUUUGUUUUUUGUUUUGUGUUUGUUUGUUUUUUGUGUACUUUUAAAUGAUUGUCCAGACUAUGAAAUUUGGGCUCAUAAGUGCUUGUGACUUGUUAUUUAUUUAUUUUUACUUUAUUUUUUUAUUUAAAUGAACGGCUAAGCUAAGACGUUUGGGAUCAUAAGUGCCUGUGACUUUAUUUAAAUUUUUUGGGUUUUUUUUUUUUUUUUUCAAAUGGUUGUCCAGGCUAUGAAGUUUGGGAUCUGAUUUUGACUUGGGAUCUGACUUUGACUUUGUUUUUUGUUUUUGUGUGAUUUUUUUUUAUCUUUUUAAAUGAUUGGCCAGACUAUAAAGUUGGGAUCAGAAGUACUCGUGACUUUGUUUUCUUUUUUUUUUUGUUUAUUUGUUUGUUUCCUUUUUUUUGUGGUGCUUUUUUUAUCAUUUUAAAUGAUUGGCCAGGCUAUUAAGUUUGGGACCAUAAGUGCUCGUGACUUUAUUUAAUUUUUUUGGGUGCUUUUUUUAUUUUUUAAAUGAUUGGCCAGGCUAUGAAGUUUGGGACCAUAAGUGCUUGUGACUUCUGUUAUUUUUUUUUUUUUUUCAUUUUUUUUAAAUGAAUGGCUAGGCACUGAAGUUUGAGAACAUAAGUUAUUUUUAUUUUUUGUGGGUGUUUUUUUUUUUUUUAAAUGAAUGGCCAGGCUAUGAAGUAUAAAUACUUGUGACUUUUUUUUUUUGUAGGUGCUUUUUAUUUUUUGAAUGAAAGGCCAGGCUACAACAUUCAUUUAUGUAUUUGAGGUUAUAUGUUAUGUUUUUCAGUUUUAUUUUUUGUUUGAUCUGGGUGGAUUUUUUUCUUUCUUGCUCCCAUGCAGCCUGGAAGAAUUUGCCUUUCUGCACACGAUUUGAAAUGAGUCAUUACUCUCUAUUCUUAAUCCCUUUUAUUCUUUUUAUGCUGAUAAUGGAGGAGACAUUGAAAAGGGUUCUGAAUUAGCAGAUCGCCAGAAUGAAUGCUCUGUACCUCUGGAUAUGGUCCGGAAAAAGAAUCCCCCUCUAAGAAACGUUGCAAGCGAAGGUGAAGGACAGAUAAUUGAGUCUGCUGCACCAGAGCAAGAAGAUCUUUUAAGGAACUCAGAAAUUCCCACUGAUCCGAUGCAAGAAAAUAGUGAACAGGCUAAUUCUGUGGAACAUAACAGUGAAGAUCAAGGUUUCCAUGACCAAGAACCUUCUUCAAGCUUUAAAAAAGACUGUGAGGUUUUGGGAAAUACCGAGAGAGGUGUGCUCAACUAUAGCCACCUCAAGGGCAGAAACCUUGUCUACGAUGAGGUGACAGAGAGGAAUAUGUUGUCCUCUUUAGAUCCUAGGGCUGCCUUAGAGCCCUUAAAAUCACCCCUAAAAACUGAAAGUGAUGACACUCCAGAUUUAGUCUCUGCUCCACUUGGAGAUAUCCCAGAGACCAGAGAAGAGGAUGACUUUUCACCAAGGGCUGCAGACCUCACGGUGCAAAAUGUUAAAAUAGACUGUCAGAACUCUAGUCCAGCCUCCGUGGCCUCUGAAAACCUACAAGUGCCUUUAGAUGGGAGUUCAGGGCUGAACAAAUCCCAAGCUGUUGUGUUGGUCAGUGACAAUUCUGAGUCUGCACCUUUGUCCCCAGAGCUUCAGGAUUUCAAAUGCAACAUUUGUGGCUAUGGAUACUAUGGGAACGAUCCCACAGACUUGAUCAAACACUUUCGCAAAUACCAUCUUGGCCUACACAACCGUACCAGGCAAGAUGUCGAACUUGACACCAAAAUUUUGGCACUUCAUAAUAUGGUACAGUUCAGCCAAUCCAAAGAUUUCCACAAGGUGAAUCGUUCUGUGAUUUCAGGUGUCUUACAGGACAUGAACUCUCAAAGGCCCGUUUUGUUUAAUGGAACAUAUGAUGUGCAGGUUACCUUUGGUGGUACUUUCAUCGGCAUUGGACGUAAAACACCAGAUUGCCAAGGAAACACAAAGUACUUCCGCUGCAAAUUCUGCAACUUCACGUACAUGGGGAACUCUUCAACCGAGCUGGAGCAGCACUUUCUAAAGACGCACCCUAACAAAAUGAAAGUGUCCUCUGAUUCUGGUAAACCAUCCGAGAAAACUGCCAAUAAAUCCAGCCCCAUCCCACGUUCUUGUGAGCCUGGAGAUAUGGGAAAGUGGCAAGACAAAAUCACUGUUAAAGCAGCAGAUGAUAUGCCAGUUGGAUAUUCAGUGCCAAUUAAGCCUGUAGAUUCUUCCAGGCAGAAUGGGAACGAUGACACCAACUACUACUGGUGCAAGUUCUGUAGUUUCAGCUGUGAAUCCUCCAGCAGUGCCAAACUUUUAGACCAUCACAGUGAACAGCAUGGGGGAGGGGUGCCAGAGAGCCCUAAUUCGGAUCCCAAUGACAAGAUCUUCAGGAGAUCAGUCAUUAAUCAAAAUGAUAUUGCCAAAAAUUCAGAUGACCCGCUCUUGGCAAAAGUAGAGAAAGGAUUGGCCAAAAAGAAAGACCUCUCAAUUAAACCAGCUGAGGAUUUAAUAGUCACCAGCUACAAUUGUCAGUUCUGUGACUUUAGGUACUCUAAAAGCCAUAGCCCUGAGGUGAUCUUGGUCGGGCCUCUCCUACGCCAUUACCAACAGCACCACAAUAUUCACAAGUGUACUAUUAAACAUUGCCCGUUUUGUCCCAGAGGCCUCUGCAGCCCUGAAAAGCACCAUGGAGAGAUAUCUUACCCUUUUGCUUGCAAAAAAAGUAAUUGUUCUCACUGUGCUCUCUUGCUAUUGCACUUGUCUGCUGGGGUGACAGGUAGCCCACGAGUUAAACACCAGUGUGAUCAAUGCCCAUUCUCCUCUCCUGAUGUAGAUGUGCUCCUGCUUCACUAUGAGAAUGCCCAUGAAGGCCAGGCUUCUGAAGUCAAGCAGGAACCGAAUCACCAGCAAGCCAUUGAUGGACAGCUGACGGUCAAAGAAAACAAGGAACACUCAUGUACCAAAUGUGACUUUAGCAGCCUGGGAGAAGAAGACCUUUCCCGACACUACAGGAGGGUUCACAACUGCUACAAGUGUCGACAGUGCAGCUUCACAGCAGCAGACACUCAGUCCCUUUUGGAUCACUUCAACUCUGCGCAUUGCCAGGAGUCUGAGAUCACUACAUCCAAUGGUGGAGAGGCCCAUGGGAUACCUACCAUCAAGGAAGAGCCAAAAACUGAGAUGAAGGUGUACAAUCUUGUCACCCCUGAUUCUAAAAUGGGAGAAGCCAUAUAUGACAGCACUGUGAAGAGGGAAAAGCCAGAUGACAAGGACGUGCUCAGGGAGAAAGCUUGGUCUGAUGGUUCAGUAGAUGACCUUCGUAGUGUUGCCUGGAGAGGAUCAGACAUUCUAAGGAAAAGUCCGUCCUAUACACAGAUAGGGCUGGGCCUUUUGACCACGGUGUCUGUCAACCAAGAGCAGCAGAAAUCUUCAAGAGAUAGCCCAAAUGUUGAAGCUGCACAUCUAGCAAGACCUCUGUAUGGCUUGUCUGUAGAUGCCAAGGGAUUUCAAGGAACAACACCUGGAGCUAGUGGAGAAAAAUCAGGACCGCAUACACCACAGUAUUCAGCGGCAGGGGAUAGCAAGUCCAAGGAUGAAUCCCAGUCACUUCUUCGGAGACGUAGAGGCUCCGGAGUUUUUUGUGCCAAUUGCCUGACCACAAAGACUUCUCUAUGGAGAAAGAAUGCAAAUGGAGGCUAUGUCUGCAACGCCUGUGGCCUGUACCAAAAACUGCACUCGACUCCCAGACCUUUGAAUAUCAUUAAGCAAAACAAUGGUGAGCAGAUUAUCAGAAGACGGACAAGGAAACGCCUUAACCCAGAAGCACUGCAGACGGAACAGUUAAAUAAACAUCAAAGAGGAAACAGCGAAGAACAAACUAAUGGAAGUCCUUUAGAGAGGAGGUCGGAGGAUCAUUCAAUGGAAGGUCACCAGAGAGAAGCUCAGCAACUUAGUAUGAAUAAAUAUGAGUCCCCAUCUUCAUUGACUAAAAGCCAUUCUGCCCAGCAGACAAUAUUAGUCAGCCAAUCCAUGGAUAUCCACAAAAGGAUGCAACCUUUGCACAUACAGAUUAAAAGCCCUCAGGAAAGCAGUGGAGAUCCAGGGAAUUGCUCAUCUGUCUCUGACAGCAAAGGCAGCUCAGAAAGAGGUAGCCCCAUUGAAAAGUACAUGAGACCUGUUAAGCAUCCAAAUUACUCCCCACCAGGAAGUCCCAUAGAAAAAUAUCAGUAUCCACUCUUUGGACUUCCCUUUGUUCACAAUGACUUCCAGAAUGAAGCUGACUGGCUGCGAUUUUGGAGUAAGUAUAAGCUGUCUGUUCCUGGGAAUCCUCACUACUUGAGUCAUGUGCCUGGCCUAACAAACCCUUGCCCAAAUUACGUGCCUUAUCCCACCUUUAACCUGCCUGCUCAAUAUUCCACUGUUGGAUCUGACAAUGACAUUCCUCUAGACUUGGCAAUGAAGCAUUCCAGACCUGGAUCUGCAUCCAGCGGGGCCUCAAAAGAAAAAACUAAGUCACCUUCUUUAAGUGUAAAGGAUGAUGGCCCCUUGAAUGUAGUGAAAACUGAAAAAGUGGAUCGAAGUACCCAAGAUGAACUUUCAACGAAAUGUGUGCACUGUGGCAUUGUGUUUCUGGAUGAAGUCAUGUACGCUCUACAUAUGAGUUGCCAUGGGGAAAGUGGACCUUUUCAAUGUAGUAUAUGCCAACAUCUUUGCACGGACAAGUAUGAUUUCACUACUCAUAUCCAGAGAGGUCUACAUAGGAACGUUGCACAAGCGGAAAAGAAUGGAAAAACUAAAGAAUAAUAAUAAAAAAAAAUGUUAGCACUUAGCACAAUUAACUAGAUACGGAUUCUCUGAAUAGAAAUUCAGUAGCUUGUAAUUUCUAAAUACAGUUUGAAACUGUGGACGUUUCAUUUAUGUUCCUUUUUGUAACCGUAAUUAACAUAAGAACAAAUAACAUCAUGGCCAGUUCAACGUGUAUAUGAUACAUUGUUACUUACAGUUCUUCAGUUUACAGAAUUCACCCAUUUAAAGGAAGACUGUACAUGCCACUGAUAUACAGGUAUAGGUGUGCAAAAUACAAAGUGAAAAGCCUAAAUCGUCCAUAACCCAAAAGAAGUCAUUGAAGCCAAAAUCUGUGCCACCACAUAUGGACGUUUUCUAAAUGGAUUAAACCAUUGUGUAAAUAGUUUUGAAAAAAUGUAUCUACCAUUAAAGCCUAACAGUACUUUCAGUUUAAAUCAGCUAAAUACACUCUGGGUGCAGCAAAACAAAAGAUGUGCAAAAUCUUUACAGUUUUGCUUUCCUGGUAUUGGAGAGCUCUACCUUUGAAUCAGUAGAGGACAUGUUAGACCUCUGUAAAGAUAUCACUGCUUCUGCAUGGAGAACAAGAGGACAGGCUUUUCUACUCAAGGCUAAAGCCUCGUACACACGAUCAGUCCAUCCGAUGAGAAUGGUCCA